AAAUUUAAUCUUUUCGGUAUUCAUGCGUAGUAAAAAUGGCCGCUCUCCACCGAUUCCACAAUCGGACUGGAGCAUUAGUUUCGCUUAGUAAUGACAACAGAACUGCGCAACGGAAUCAUCCUACACAGGAAUUUAACAACGGUGUUGUUCUUAGUUCUGUACCAUUAAAGGACGAUCAAGUUCUAGAAGUUAAGAUUGACAAAAAGGUAAAUUCCUGGAGUGGAUCAAUAGAGAUAGGAGUGACAACAUGUGAUCCAGACAAUCUCAACUUUCCUAUAAGUGCAACAGGCUUUCGUGAUGGAACUUGGGUUAUGUCCGGUAGCUCAGUCCUCAAGGAUGGUCACUCAAUGAUUGAGGAAUAUGGAUGUGAUCUUGACCAGUUGUCUGAGGGGGAUGUUGUUGGGGUUAUGCGAUCUUCAAAUGGAGAGUUACAUUUUUUCGUUAACGGUGUUGACCAGGGUACAGCUGCCACUGAUAUCCCAGGUGGUGUUUAUGCCGUGAUAGACAUGUAUGGCAAGUGUGCCCAAGUGUCUAUCAUAGAAUCUACAGAUAACCGAGUUAGUGUUGCCGCACCAAACUCAACCCCAAGCGAAGUUGCCCAUCAACUUGCCAAUGAAUUUCUUGCCCAGUUAUCAAGUCAGAUAGUAAAUGACCUCACUCGUACCACUGAAGCGUUGAAUCUGGCCGAGGAUACGUUACACUCAAAUGAGAGACUCACAUUUCAUGAGCGCUGCGGCAGUCUGGUAAAGUUGAGCAAUGGCAGGAGGACUGGAGAGAGACGGAGGCCCCUGGAUGAGUUUAAUAAUGGUGUGGUGAUGACAAAUAGACCUCUGAAAGAUGAUGAGUUAUUUGAGAUUCGUCUAGAUCGUUUGGUAGACAAAUGGUCUGGCUCUAUUGAGGUUGGAAUUACAACACAUAAUCCUAGUGCAAUAGAUUUCCCUGCUACCAUGACAAAUAUGAGAUCUGGUACUAUUAUGAUGAGUGGGUGUGGUAUAUUGACUAAUGGUAAAGGAACAAGGAGGGAAUAUGGACAGUAUAAUUUAGAUGCUCUAGCUGAAGGAGAUAGGAUAGGUUUGAUCAGAAAAAACAAUGGAAGUCUGCACUACUUUAUAAAUGGUGUUGACCAGGGCAUGGCAUCUAACACAUGUCCUCCCACUGUAUGGGGAGUGGUUGACCUAUAUGGUAUGGCUGUAAAGGUGACAAUCUUAGAUCGUAAUGAUCCCAACUAUAACCACAUGGUGAAUAGUCGGAGGCCAGAGAGACAGAGGGUACCUAGACAGUUCACUGAUCUAUAUGAUGAAGAAAAUAGUGCAGAGGAUGAAGUAGAGAGAUUAAGUUUUCAUACACGCUGUGGUACACAUGCUAGUGUUGUAAAUAGAGGCAGAACUGCACACAGGCCCAAUGCUCUUGAUGACUUUAAUAAUGGUGUAGUACUAACUAACAGACAUGUCAGACCAAAUGAGAUAUUUGAAGUUUGUAUUGAUAAGAUGGUUGACAAGUGGGCGGGGUCAAUAGAAAUAGGGCUGACCUUACAUUCUCCAGAGAACCUUGAGUUUCCGUCAACCAUGACAAAUAUAAGAUCGGGUACUUGGAUGAUGACGGGGAAUGGGGUCAUGUAUAAUGGAACCACAGUGAUGGAUGAUUACGGACAAAAUUUAGACCGGCUUAAGGCUGGUGAUAGAGUUGGUGUUAUAAGGAAGGAGACUGGUACGGUACAUUUCUUUGUAAAUGGUAUAGACCAAGGUGCAGCAGCCAGUAAUGUACCAGAGAAUGUUUAUGGAGUUAUAGAUCUAUAUGGACAAGCAGCUCAAGCCACAAUCAUUGACCAGUCAGAUUCUUUAAGUAUCCAAGACAUGGAUCUAUCUAGUCUCACAGACACGGACAUGCUGCUGUUUCACCAAAUCCAUGGUAGUAACUCGGCCAUUAUAAAUGGGGGUCGCACGGCCGUACGUCCAAGUGCCACUGGGGAGUUUAAUGACGCCAUUGUGAUGAGUAACCGUCCUUUGAGAGAUAACGAACUUUUCGAAGUAAUCAUUGAAAAAAUGGUGGAUCGAUGGUCGGGAUCUAUUGAAGCAGGUGUAACUUUGAUUAAACCUGAAGAUCUAUUCCCAAACACCAUGACAGACAUAGAGUAUGAUACUUGGAUGUUAAGUGGUUCAGCCAUAAUGCAGGAUGGGUCUACUAUAAAGAAUGGGUAUCCCUUAGAUCUGGAUUCUGUAAGUGUAGGCUGUCGUAUUGGCAUGAUGAGGUGCUCUGAUGGUACUCUACAUUACUUUCUAAAUGGUACAGACCAAGGAGUAGCUUGCUAUGAUAUCCCACCUGGAGUAUGGGCAGUUAUAGAUCUGUACGGACAAUGUGGUCAGGUGUCCAUAACCAGUGGUUCUGGCAUAAUGCCAACAGAUAAUAAUACUAUAAAUAGAACUAUAGUAGAACAUCCAAAUUUUAAUUCUCCUGUGAGCUCUGCAGAAUGUCACAGAUUCAGUCAUUGUUGUGGGAAGAAUAUACAGCUUACAUCUAAUGGUAGAACUGCUUCUAGAUCUAACAAUUAUAAUCACUGUCUAGUGUUUAGUUCUGAUCCUUUAAAAAAAGACGAAGUGUUUGAAAUAAAAAUUGAGAAACUUUGUAAACAGUGGUCCGGAUCGUUACGCAUCGGUUUGACAUCUAUGGCGAUAUCUGAUACGACGCCUGUGUCGGCAGUUCCUCUUACUUCAUUAGAAUUGACAACAAAACCAACAUGGAUUAUUUCUGGAUCAGAUGUAAAGAAGUCCGGUGUAACAAUAAAAGAGAACUACACUCCGUCCUUGCAAAGACUUGAGGUUGGUAACAGGGUUGGUAUUGGUAGAAGUCAUGAUGGUACGAUGCAUUUAUAUCUGAAUGGUGAAAAUCUUGGAAUAGCUGCAUCUAAUAUACCAAAGAAUGUAUUCGCUGUGAUAGACCUAUAUGGUAUGGUAGAGUCAGUAUCUGUUGUUAGUUCUGUUUCCAUGGUAACAGACAGUUCAUCUACCACACCAUCUGUUGAAUCAGAGACGGGACAUCAAAUCUCAUUGCCAUUAGAUAGAGACCAAGAUCAAGAUACUGCCAGUAUAUCAGUCCCAGAAUUUCACUGUAACCAUGGUAAAAACAUUCUCCUUAGCAACGGUAACCAGACAAUAGAACGUGUGUCUAGUUAUAAUCAGGCCAUAGCUGUAACCAAUAAAUCUCUAGUCAAAAAUCAACUGUUUAGGGUAAGGAUAGACAAGUUGAAUACUCGUUGGAGUUCGUCUUUGAUGAUUGGAUACCUGGGAUUCUCUCCUGAAAAAUACACGUUUCCUGUCUCUGCCACAGCCAUAAAAAAAUCUUGUGUUGUUAUACAGUCGGAUCAAGUUUACUCCAGUGGUUCAAAGAUCAAGGAGCAUUAUGGGAGGAAUCUAGACAAGUUACAGAUAGGUGAUACAGUGGGUGUAUUAAUAGAUGAGGAUAGUAGUCUACAUCUGUAUAUAAAUGGUAUCGACCAGGGUGUGGCUGCAAGAGAUGUACCAUGUCCAUGUCAUGGUCUAGUUGACCUCUAUGGACAGUGUGAACAGGUUACUAUAGUAACAGAAGAAAAUGUUGUCAUGGCAACACAGACAAAUGUUGAAGAUAGGGAGAAGGCAGAUAUAGAUGAUGCCAUAAAGGAGAAAGUACACAGACCUGUUGUAGAACAGAGUUCAAUAUUACGACAUUGUGAAUACCAGAAUCUUUGUCUUAGAAUAAAAGCACAGCUGUCUCUGCCAGAUGGAUAUUUCGAUUCAAGCCUUCAUGUAUGUUAUUGCGAGACUUGCCAUAAACUACGGGGAGAAGAACUGUAUCAUCGGAAAGGGGAUCCUCCUAAACAAUAUGCUACACAAUACGGCUGGUGUAUGUUUAAACUAAGACUACCAAGUAGAACAAAUGGUUGGAGUGUCUAUGAAAAAUGGCAUGUUGCGUAUUUUGGAUCUAAGAUAGAAAAUUUACGUAGAAUUCUUGAUAAAGGAGACCUCCAUUCAACCGGUGAAGUAGUGAAUGGAGGCAGUGUUUUAUUACCCCAGCCACCUGUCUUUACUGAGAAAUCCCAGCCAGAUGGUACAUCAGUCAAUAAAAUAUUUCUAUCACCAACAUUAAAAUAUACUGGAGCUAAUGAAUUCUCACCUAAACACAAGUGAGUAUGGUGUUUUAUU